AUUCCGAGUCGUGUCAUCACCAGCGCCACCUGGGGAUUUGCAAGAACAUACUGCAGGUCAGCUGAGGCUUGUCUGUCGGGAGCAGGAAGAUGACGGAGCGCGAAGGCGGCGUGCCGGCGGCGGGGGAGAGGCGGUACAAAGGGGUGCGGCUGCGGAAAUGGGGGCGGUGGGUGUCGGAGAUCCGGCUGCCCAACAGCCGCAAGCGGAUAUGGCUCGGGUCAUACGACUCACCCGAGAAGGCGGCCCGGGCCUUCGACGCCGCCGCCGCGUGCCUCCGCGGCCGCCUCGCGCGGCUCAACUUCCCCGAGACGCCCCCGCCCCGGACGGCCCAGCGGCUCACACACCUGCAGAUCCAGGCCGCCGCCGCCCGCCACGCGGCCUCCGCGUCCACGCCGCCGCAGCUGUGGCAUCCCCGCGCCGCGAGCUCCCCGUCGGAGGAUGCCUCGGACGGGUUCACGGCCGGGAGCGAGGACACGCUCGACUGGUCGUUCAUGGACUCGCAGGAGGCGGCAGCGGCGCUGGCGGGAGCCGGAGAGUUCCCGGACUUGAUGGACGACUUCAUGUGUGACUUCUUCUCGCCGGUGCAGAUGACGGCGCCACUGGCGGAAGUGGUGGAGGAUCAGUGCCCCAUAGAUUUGGGUUCGAAUUCUUUUCUGUGGAGCUUCUGAAAGAAUAUAAACAGCGACACAAAGAAUCAACAACGGUUCAUUAGAUAACUGUAUGUCUCACGGUUUGGUCACAGAAAGAGAAGGAUGAGCUCGAAGAGUUGUUCUUCUUCUUCUUCUCCGCUGGCGACGUUUCUGACGUCUGCUUGGAGAUUUUAACUCCGCCAUUUAAUCUCUUCCUCAAUAAUAAAUUCUCACUAUAUUCUUUCAAACAAGAUGUACGUGAAAACAAGAUAAAGAUGCACAAGGAAGACCAUAUAUAGCACAAGAACAACGAUGGCCUGUGAGAGGCUUGUCUGCCGGCAUGGUGUCGGUGCUGGUCGAGACAUUUCUCCACGCGUGAUAUGAUGGGAGGUCCGUGGCAAGUGGUCUUGGGAAAGUAUGCAUAUUAUAUACGUUGCAGGUGGAGGCAAGUAAGCACAUGUUUGACGUGAGGAUUUCAUGCAGCCAUGGGAAGCAAGUACCCGUGAGCUCUGAGCUCAUCCGUGACUUCAGCACCAACUUCCUUUGGUGGUGAAGGAAGAAGCGAGAAGAAAGAAAGAGAGGCUGAGAGAGAGAGAGAGAGAGGGGUGGAAGAGGGCGAUAAAGGAAAAAGGGAAAGAAGGAUGGAAGAAAGAUUGGCAAGUUGAUCGUAGAUGCUUGUGAGGCAGAGAGGAAGUGAUGGAAUAAAAUGGACAUUAUGUUGACUAAAAAGUCAACUGAAAAAAAGCCAAUAAAAUUAUUAGGGAGAGAGAACAUGUAGAUAAGAACUUGUUGAAGUUCCAGUGGAAUGUCUUAUGCUUUGAAGCCUCUUAUUUGUAAUUGUACGGU